AUGUUCUCAUUAAAGAAUGUCCUUUAUUUCCAAAUUGGACUUGGAGUCCUGGCCAAUACGUUUCUCCUUUUUUUCUACAUUUUCAUAAUCCUAGUUCAUAGACCUAAGCUCAUGGACCUGAUCUCCUGUCAACUGCCCUUCAUCCACAUAGUGCUGAUCCUCACUGGAGGGGAUAUUGGGCUUACAGAUGUAUUUGAGUCACUGAACUUUGAGAAUGACUUCAGGUGUAAGGCAACUUUUUACAUACACAGAGUGAUGAGAGGCCUCUCCAUCUGCAUCACCUGCCUCCUGAGUGUGUUUCAGGCUGUCACUAUCAGUCCAAGUACCUCUUUGCUGGCAAAAUUUAAACAUAAACUGAAAAGAUACAUGAUCUAUGCUUUCUUCUACAUGUGGUUUCUCAACUUGUCAUUCAGUAGCAACCGGAUCUUCUAUGUUGGGGCUUUUACCAAUGCCAGUGAGACCAACCAGAUGAAGGUCACCAAAUACUGCUCACUCUUCCCCAUGAACUACAUCAUCAGGGCACUGAAUUUAACAGUGACAACCUCCAGAGAUGUAUUUCUUGUAGGAGUUAUGCUGACCACAAGUGCAUACAUGGUGAUUAGCUUGUUCAGACAUCACAGGCAAUGCAAGCAUCUUCACAGCCUUAGCUACCUGAGGGUGUCCCCUGAGAAAAGGGCCACGCAGACCAUCUUGCUGCUGGUGGUCGUCUUUGUGAUCACUUACUGGGUGGACUUCAUUAUCUCAUCCACCGCAGUCCUGUUGUGGAUGUACCAUCCAGUCAUCCUGACUGUUCAGACGUUUGUGGUGAAUGCGUAUCCCACAAUUACUCCUUUGGUACAAAUCAGUUCUGAUAACAGAAUAAUCAAUAUGCUGAGAAACUUGCAGUCAAAGUGCAAUCAGAUUUUUAAACAAUGA